AUGGGACUGGUCAGGAUUGCCGUUUUGAGCCUCUUUGUCUUUCUCGUGAGUGCUUCACAAGAUGAAAAUGAAAAUUUUGGUACUAGUUGUGAUCCCAACGUUACCAUCAGUGGCGGGACAAUCACACUGUCUAAAGGUGGGGCUGUCGGGAGCAUCCUGAACUACAUUUGUCCCUUUGGUUUUUAUCCCCACCCUGUAUCAAGCCGGACCUGCAGAACGAACGGCCACUGGAGUUUAAUGAGGAAUUCUCGCCGACGGAUCAUUCGUAAAGCUGAAUGUAGAGAAUUCAGGUGCCCAAUGCCUUCGAUCGAGCAAGGAACAUUUUUUCCGAACAUUGCAUCAUAUGAUGCUGGAGCCUCUGUCAGUUUUGAGUGCGAUGAUGGAUACAGACUGCUGGGCUCGGAUAGCAGAACCUGUCUGAUUAAUGGGAGGUGGAAUGGAACCACAGCCGUGUGUGAGGAUGGAUUGGACACCUGUCCUAAUCCUGGCAUUCCGGCAGGAAGUAUGAAAUCUGGGACUAGCUAUGGCACGGACGAUAAGGUCAGAUACUUGUGCCUCAACGAUCUUGUUCUGAUUGGUUCGAAUGAGAGGAUCUGCCUGGAAACCGGCGAAUGGAGCGGGAUGGAACCCAUCUGCCAGCACAAGCAUUCCUUUGACUUGCCGGAGGAAGUGGCCUCUCAUUUCUCAGCCUCAUUUUCACGCUUUCUGAGUGAGUCUAACGUUGUGAAGAAAAGCGAUUCCCCAGGUUCCACUGGCAGGAAGCUCUCAGUGGCUGAAGGUCAGAAUCUUCACAUUUACAUUCUCCUGGAUGUAUCCGGAAGCAUUGAGGAAAAGGAUUUUCACGAAGCCAUAUACGCUCUGACCAACUUUACUGACAUGAUCAGUCGAUUUGAGGUUGUGGUCAAUUACGGAGUGGUGAUCUUUGGUUCCCGGUCACAAAUAGUCGUCAAUAUCGGUCACGUUGAGUCGGGCUUCUCAGAAUAUGUUGCUUUCGCGCUGACUGAUCUUAAAUAUGAAACUAUUACAAAGCACAACGAUGCAGGAACAAACAUGACCGGAGCUUUGAAAACUGUUUUCGAGAUGAUGGUUCUGAAGAAGGCAUCAAUGAAUGUUAAGCUGUCAGAGUGGAAGGAAGUGCGACAUGUCAUCAUGGUAUUUACUGAUGGGAGAACCAACGUGGGAGGAAGCCCCAAGCCGAUGAUGGAUCUCAUUCGGAGAUUCCUGGACAUUGAGAACUCUCGGGAAGAUUUCCUCGAUGUCUACGUGUUUGGGCUUGGCAACAAAACCGACAGAGAGGAGAUCAACUCAAUUGCAUCCAAAAAGAAUAAUGAGAAGCAUGCAUUUUUCCUGCAGAAGAAGGAUCUAACAAGUGUAUUUAACACAAUGCUGGAUCUUACUUCAGUUGGAAACCUGUGUGGCUUUGCCAACAAAAGUUUAACUGAAAGUGAUCAGAGUUCCUAUCCGUGGUAUGCAGAAAUUAUCAGCACUGAAAAGCCAAAUUUUCGAUGUUCUGGAUCCAUUGUGGCUGAUGAGUGGAUCCUAACAGCAGCUCAUUGCUUCGAAGAACUGACUGAGGGAGACGCUGGCAGAAAGGCCAUUACUGUUGGGUCUUACGCUGAGAGAAUCCAGCUGAAGAUAAAGAGUGUGUUAAAACACCCCGGCUACAACCUGACUGGAAAGAUGGAGAUGGGCAUCCAGGAGUUUUAUGAUUAUGACAUUGCCUUGGUUAAGAUAGAGCCAAAGCUGAAUUUUACAACAUUCAUCAGACCAAUCUGCCUGCCUUGCACAAUGGCAACUAAUGUUGCUUUGCGGAAAUCUCAGACCCAAGCAACCUGUGCUGAUCACGAGAAAGAACUGCUACCAAGCCUGGGAGCCAUUGAAGCCAAGUUUGUUCAGUCAAUUCAAACCAAGCGGGAGCUGAAAAACGUGAAGAUAAAGACCGGUGAAUCGCAAAGACCUCUGUGUGAGCAGGAUGCACUCAAGGCUUCCAUAUAUGUCAAUGUGAGCGAUGUCAAAGAUGUGGUCACUGACCGCUUUCUCUGUACAGGAGGAAGCAUACGUAGUGACGAGGCCAUCAGCUGCAAGGGAGAUUCAGGAGGGCCCUUGUACAUUCGGAAACUAUAUCGAUAUAUUCAGGUGGGAGUUGUAAGCUGGGGAGUUAAGAACGUGUGUUCAGAGUCACGACUGCCAACAUACGCCAGAGAUUUCCACAUCAACUUGUUCAAGGUGCUGGGCUGGCUGAAGCAGCACUUGGGCAAAAGCAUCAGAUUUCUGGACCUGUCCCAGUAG